AUGGCUGACGACGAUGUUGCCACAAGGGCACCGGAGAGUGAUGCAAAGGAGCCCAGCAUGAUGUCCUCUGAAGAUACGCCAGCCCAAAAAGGGGCGAGCAUGGGAGAGCACUGCGUGACAGAUCGACCUUCUCCUCUUGGGGAUCAGCAGCCAAGUGGUGAGAUAUCGAAGAUUGCAGAUGUGGAGGUCUACAUUACAAAACCUAGCGACUACCCUCAUCUCCCGUCCAAGCUUCUGCUCUUUCUGAGCAGUGGUACCGGCAUACACUCCAAGAACAAUCAGCUUCAAGCAGACAAGUAUGCCAGCGAGGGUUUCCUGGUGGUCAUGCCCGACCAAUUUGCUGGAGACCCUGCACCCAACAGUGCAACAGAUCCAAAUGCCGAUGAACAGAAUCCGUCCGUGAUCGAGAGAGUCAAGCUGGGUUUCGCAACUACAGCUAAAUCCUUCAUGGUAGACAUGUGGCUGGCCAGACAGACGCCGGAGAAGGUCCUUCCUGUGUUACGGAAGGUGGUCGAGGGUGCAAAAGAGGAAUUUGCAGAUGCAGUUGCCAAUGGAGGAGGUGUCUACGCUGUUGGCUAUUGUUUCGGGGGGAAAUAUGUCUGUCUGCUAGCCGCCGAAUUGCCCGACUCCGCUGCUCACGGUCAGGCACCGCCGAAAGAUGAAGAAGCUGGGAUGGCGAAAGUAGAGCCACUGAUCAAAGCGGGAGCUCUAGCUCAUGGCACACUAAUAACGACAGAUGAUCUCGAAGCCAUCAGAUCACCCAUAUCAAUGGCUUGCGUGGAGAACGACCAGCUAUUCCCAGACGACGUCCGGACUGCAGGUCAAACAUAUCUGGAGGAGAACAAGGUCAAGCACGAAGUCAGAGUCUACUCGGGUGUGCCUCAUGGCUUUGCUGUUGUAGGGGAGUACGAGGAUCCGAAGAUUCAAGAGGCGCAGAAAGAGGCUUUUGAGCAAAUGGUUGAGCAUAUUGACGCAGCUGAGCUGCGCCCUCCCACGGCUGCUCAGUCGGUCUACAGAGAAGAUUGUACGCAAUGUUUUGAUUCCAUAGAUGAUGCAACGGGACUGAAUGUAUGCCUGUCCUGCUUCAACGGAGGAUGCACUGGAGAACGGGACCAUGCGCAUUUACACAGCCAGAACUCGAAGCAUCCGUUGGUGCUGAACAUACAAAGAACGAAAAAGAAAAUCAAGCGCGAUGAGCCACCCCAGAAGAUCUCGAAGCUCGCGAUAGCAGCAGAAACCGAGGAGGACCGUUACGAUACCGACACUCGUGUCGAGUGCUACGAAUGUGGGGUGAAGAAUGUGGAUAGAACAAGUGGAAAGCUGCCGGGGAUCAUAGAUGGUGUUCUCAAGGCCAACACAUUCGCACGACAGGCAGAAGUACAAGCAUGGGAGCAAGAAUACACAGCAUGUGAACAUACAUUAUGCUUAGAACAAGAACAAUCUCGGAACAUCGAUUCUCAGGAUUUGGGACACUGCUCUAUGUGUGAUUUGAAAGAGAACUUAUGGUUGUGUCUUCAGUGUGGGAAUCUGGGCUGCGGUCGUGCUCAAUAUGGGGGCGUAGGCGGAAAUGGUCACGGCCUCAAGCACACAGAGCUGGCUUCUCAUGCCGUAGCAGUCAAAUUAGGAUCUAUCACGCCGGAAGGAACGGCAGACAUAUACUGCUACGCGUGCGAUGAGGAGCGUACGGAUCCGGAGCUUGCCCAGCACCUUGCUCACUGGGGGAUCAACAUCGCCGAGCGAGAGAAGACUGAGAAGAGUCUUACGGAGAUGCAGAUCGAGCAGAAUCUUAAGUGGGACUUCUCCAUGACUACUGAGGAUGGCAAGGAACUCAGCCCACUCUUUGGCAGUGGUUUCACUGGCCUAAAGAAUCUGGGUAACAGCUGUUAUUUAGCCAGCAUACUACAAUGUCUUUUCACCAUGUCCAGCUUUCAGAACCGUUACUAUCAUCCACAGGAUCCUCCACCGAUAGCACAAGCUCCUGCGGAAGACCUCGAGACCCAGUUGAGAAAGUUAGCGGAUGGUCUGCUGUCGGGUCGCUAUUCGCAUCCGGACACGGAUGUUGUUGCUUCGGAGUAUUCUGCCGAAAUUCCUAACCAGAAAGGUCUUGCACCUGCUAUGCUCAAACACCUCAUCGGACGAGGCCAUGAGGAGUUUUCCACCAUGCGCCAACAAGAUGCUUUUGAGCUCCUCCUUCACCUUCUCAAGCUCAUUACUCGCUCCUCGCACACCGCGCCCCUUCAAGAUCCGGUUCAUUCUUUCCGCUUUGUUAUGGAACAACGACUGCAAUGUAUAUCUUGCGAAAAGAUUCGAUAUCGAACGGACGAGCAAGACAACAUCUCCAUUCCGGUUCCAGUCAGACGAAAGCCUUCGGUCGCCAAUGGCGCUGCGGAUAGCGAAAAGCCAAAGGAUGAAUUCGAACCUGUCAGUCUUAAAGAGUGUCUAGAUACCUUCACAGCUGCCGAAGUUGUAGAGCUUACAUGCCCUUCGUGUGCUAGUAAAGACGGCUUCACUAAACGCUCGCUCUUCAAGACUUUCCCGGCCACUCUUGCAGUCAACGCCCGGCGAUUCGAACUUGUCAAUUGGGUACCAACGAAGCUCGAUGUGCCAGUCGUAGUAGGUGAUCAACCCUUUGAUCUAGGCGACUACAAGUCUCCAGGACAUCAAGAUAACGAAGAGCUCCUGCCUGAAGAUGUAACUGCUACCGGCGCGCCAGCAUUCGCUCCCAAUGAGACUGCAGUUUCUCAACUCGAAGGGAUGGGCUUCCCACGAGUGCGAUGCGAGAAAGCACUGCACGCUACCGGCAACACUGACUCUGAAACAGCAAUGAACUGGUUGUUCACACAUAUGGAAGACCCCGAUAUCGAUGAACCCCUCAACCUAGGUGGUUCGGGCAGCGGCGGUGGGGCUUCCGCGGGCAUCAGCCCGGAGAGCAUUGAAAUGCUGGGAGCCAUGGGAAUCGGAGCCCCGCAGGCACGUAAGGCGUUGAAGGAAACAGGCGGAGACAUUGAAAGAGCAGUGGACUGGGUGUUCAGUCAUCCGGAUGAUCAGGGUGAUUUUGGUGGGGAUGAUGCUGCAACAGAUGUCCCCGCCCCAGAAGGUGAAAAGGCAAUGGCUGGCAAUACAGAUCUGCCUGCGAACUUUCGUUUGCAGAGCAUUGUCUGCCAUAAAGGGGCGAGUAUCCAUGCAGGACACUACGUCGCGUUCAUACGCAAACCGAUUCCUGCUAAAGAAGGUGGGGGUGAGUCCUGGGUCCUAUUCAACGACGAGAAAGUGGUCAAAGCCCAGGGAGAUGUGGACGAAAUGAAAAAGUUUGCCUACGUCUACUUCUUUGAGAGAGUAUGA